UUUGGCCAAUUUACAUAAAAAUAAAAUAAUAAUAAUAACAAAAUGAAAUGCUGGAGUCGCUCCACAUUUGGUGUCAUCAUUGGCAUCCUAAAUAUUUUGCUAUAUAUUGGCGUUGUAGUGUUAAUUAUCGAAAUGUUACAAACUUUACAAGCACACUACGAUGAUAAGGAACAUUCUAAUACUAAUCCCGAGCAAAUGAAGAAAUUAGAGGAUCUAGGCACUGUCUUAAUGAGCAUCAUAUUGGCCAUAUGUUUAGUUAUGGUCGUUUUAAGUGGAGUCCUUAUAAUGGGCAUUGUACAGAGACGUCACAAGUUGAUGCUGCCUUGGCUAGUUCUUAGUGGUAUGGGCUUUAUCUGUGACUGUGGACGAGUAGUAUUUAUCAUAAUACUAGCUGUUAUAAGGCCUCCUACAAUAUCGACAUUUGUCGUAUCAUUCGUAGUCGGCGUCUUCGGACUUGGUAUUGAAGUUCUAAUUUUAUGGCCCAUUUAUACUUUGUGGAGAGAUAUUUGUCGUAAGAAUGAGGAAAAGCCUGCACAGAUUAUUAGAGGGGUGCAAUAUGAAACCGCUCCGGCUUAUGUCCCACCGCAGUACAAUUAUUAUACCUCUAUAGCACAAAAAUCUUAA